CCCAUUCGAUAUCUUCUCCACCGAUUCGUUCUGGGUGUUUUGGUCCUUCCUUAAAAACUCCGCCGAUCUGCUCCCGGAGAAGAAUCAGCCGCCGCUGCCAUGUUUCUGCUCGACUGGUUCUACGGCGUCCUCGCUUCCCUUGGGCUGUGGCAGAAGGAGGCCAAGAUUCUGUUUCUGGGUCUCGACAAUGCCGGCAAGACAACCCUCCUCCACAUGUUGAAGGACGAGAGAUUGGUGCAGCACCAGCCGACCCAGCAUCCGACUUCGGAGGAGCUGAGCAUUGGGAAGAUUAAGUUCAAGGCUUUCGAUUUGGGCGGACACUCGAUCGCUCGCCGAGUCUGGAAGGAUUACUAUGCUAAGGUUGAUGCAGUUGUUUAUCUGGUUGAUGCAUACGACAAGGAUCGUUUUGCAGAAUCAAAGAAGGAGCUGGAUGCCCUCCUUUCAGAUGAGAGCCUUGCAACUGUUCCAUUUCUUGUGCUGGGCAACAAGAUCGACAUCCCUUAUGCUGCUUCAGAAGAUGAACUCCGAUAUCAUCUAGGACUGACCAAUUUCACAACUGGCAAGGGGAAGGUGAAUCUUACAGACUCCACUGUUCGCCCUCUCGAGGUUUUCAUGUGCAGUAUCGUGCGCAAGAUGGGGUACGGGGAUGGCUUCAAGUGGGUCUCCCAAUAUAUCAAAUAGAGAGUAGUGUAGGCGGAUAACAUUUCGGCUCGGUAUGUGUGGUAAUUUUUCCUGCGAAUUUGUAGUUUCUGACCACAAUUAUAAUGGAAGAGGAAUUUCUUAUUCGAGUUUGAUCGGAUUGAUGGAUUAACAACUUAUAGUAUAUCAUUUGUCGCAAUGCUCGAUUUUAAAUCUGUGCUUCCUGAACUAGAUUGUGAUUCUUUUAUGAUGAAUUAUGACUCUUGUUAAGCA